CACAUUCACAGCAAAAAUUCCUAUUUUAUACAUUUUUACACGCACAAAUUCAAAUCCUUGGUCGGCAUGAUCAGUAAAUCCAUGUAUUGGAUUCGUGGUCGGAGAUGGAAUUCGGGUACCGAAUCUGAGUUCCUAAUCUACCAACCCGAUUCCCUGCGGCCAGUGCUGUUUUUAUUUUAUACCCUGGAAACGGUGUUCAACAUGUUCUGCAUGGGGUUUCACAUAGAGGGCUUCAUGACCGUCGAUAUGGAAACGCUCCACUGGGAUGGCCAGUCGCUGCAAUAUUUUUACCUGGUCACUUUCUACAUUUUUAUGGUUUGGACUCCGUUUCAGAGCAUUGGGAUUUGCACGGGUCACAGGCCCAACGUUUGUGUGGAGAUCUGGAAGUCAUUGGCUGCCGCCAUUGCCUUCAUCAUAAUAUCCCUGACCACGAUGUGGGAUGCAGAGCGGCAGUUUCAUCUGUUCUUUGAUACUGAAGUCAAGGAGGUAUCGGGCAAAUACAACGCGCCAGUUCCCGUUCACCGGUUCUUUUACUAUAUGCGGGGACAGUCCAUUUCCUCGUUGGCCUGUGGACUUCUCUAUAUGCUCCAUGCCACCAUAAUGAUCGACGUCAAGUUGACCACGGACUUGAACAACGGCGAACAUGGUGGUAACCACAUGCCCAUCCCCUUGUUUGUAAUGGGCGGAAUGGUCCACAGGAAGCUGAAUUCCUACGAAUGGUUCCGGGAGUUCUGCGAGAACAACACCAUUGACUUAUAG